AGGGCCGGAGCGCGCGGCUGCCGCCUCAGAGAGGCGGCGGAGCGGGGCCCGGCGGAGGUCGGUGCCAGCGGGGGAGGAUGCGGCUGCGCUCGGGUGCCUUCGCCUCCUCCUGCCUACUGGUGGAGGCCCUGGGGGUUGCGCUGUUCCUCCGCGGUUUUUUCCCGGUGGCCGUCAGGUCCCUGCCUCGCAGAGAGGCCCGCGGGGACCCUCCCGCCGAACCGUCCCCUCCAGGCCCAGGAAUGGUUUCUAACUGGACCAAAAUUCCGCCACCACUUUUCAAAAAGGUUGUAAUUGUGCUGAUAGAUGCUUUGAGAGAUGACUUUGUGUUUGGAUCCAAAGGUAAACAGUUUAUGCCGUAUACUACACAAGUUGUUGAAAAAGGGACAUCCUACAGCUUCAUUGCUGAAGCGAAGCCACCCACUGUGACUAUGCCUCGAAUUAAAGCUUUGAUGACAGGUAGCAUACCUGGUUUCAUUGAUGUUAUUGUGAACCUCAAUUCUCCAGCUCUGUUGGAUGACAAUCUGAUAUGGCAGGCAAAAACAGCUGGGAAGAGAAUAAUAUUUUAUGGUGAUGAUACUUGGGUUAAAUUGUUUCCAAAGCAUUUUGUGGAAUAUGAUGGAACAACAUCCUUUUUUGUUUCGGACUUUACAGAGGUUGAUGAUAAUGUUACCAGGCAUUUGGAUAGAGUGUUGAAGAGAGAAGACUGGGAUCUCCUAAUACUACAUUACCUGGGACUGGACCAUAUUGGACAUGUAACUGGGCCAAACAGCCCAUUAGUGGGACCAAAACUUCGUGAAAUGGAUAACAUUCUGAAGAAGAUUCAUAUUUCUCUUCUUUCAAAGGAAGAAGCUUCUCUGCCCAAUUUGCUAGUUGUUUGUGGGGAUCAUGGGAUGUCUGAAACAGGUAGUCAUGGUGGUUCUUCAGAAGGAGAAGUGCACACACCACUGCUGUUUAUCAGCUCCGCUUUUGAAAAAAGAAGUGGUCCUGUAACCCAACCUGAACUCGUGCAACAAACUGAUUUAGCUAGCACACUGGCAGUAGGUCUUGGUCUACCAAUUUCAAGAAACAGUGUUGGGAACCUUAUAUUGCCAGUUGUGGGAGGCAAGACAAUGAGAGAACAACUACGUUUUGUGCACUUGAAUGGGUUCCAGCUUAGCACACUGCUGCAAGAGAAUACACCUGCGUAUGAAAAAGAUCCUGGAUAUGAACACUUUAAGAUAGCAGAAAAGUCCCAUGGUAACUGGAUAAAAUUGUAUUUAGAGGGGAAUAACUCAGAAAUACUCUUAAAUCUUGGCAAAAAGGUCCUGAAACAGUAUUUGGAGGCAUUGAAGACUCUGAGUUCUUCACUAAGCAAACAAGUGGCACAAUAUGACAUGUAUUCGAUGAUGGUGGGGACUGUGAUCAUUAUGGAGGUUCUGCUGCUGCUUUUGCUCAGUGUUCCAAAGGCCCUGAGCAGCCGGGCAGAAUUUGAAGUUCCCCUCUCCCCUCCACUAUUCUCUCUGCUGUUUUACUUGAUGUGCCUGAUGCUGUGUGCAGUUCACGUCAUUGUAUGCACAUCAGCACAAAGUUUAUGCUAUUUCUGCAGUAUGUCCUGGUUAACAGCAGUUGGAGUGAUGAUGCUGAUUUCCGCACUCAUGUGUGGUAUUUUAUCUGCUGUUACAAAGAUCUUUGAGAACUCCAGAGUUCCACUGAAGAAUCCAGUUGUGUCCAGUUCCAGCUGGUCAGAAAUAGAUGUGCUGAUUCUGGCUGGAACAAUUGGCCAUGUUUUGAGUUUGGGGGCAAGCAGUUUUAUAGAAGAGGAACAUCAAACCUGGUAUUUUCUUAUCAAUACGCUUUGUUUGGUGCUAUGUCAGGAACUUUGUAGAAACAAUUUUCUUCUGAAAGAAUGUGACCCUCAACAUAGUACCACUGUGAAACAAAAUUUUGAUAGUAUUGGGGAAGCCUCUGAGUGCAAGAAUAUAGACAUUCCAGCAUCAGGUAAUUCAAAAUUGGGCAAGGCCACCUCUUCAGCUGAAUUCAUAAAAGGAUCAGAUAAGUGGAUAAGCUUAGCAAGUCCAUGGAUCAUUCUUAUUUGCUGUCGGCUACUUCGAUCAUUGAAUCAGACAGGUGUCCAGUGGGCUCAUCGGCCAGACUUUGGACAUUGGUUGACAAGCUCUGAACAUAAAACUGAACUCUCCUUCUUGGCUGCAGUCUCCCUGCUUAUGAUCUUCUUUCUGGUUCAAAGAAGAUGCUCCCUGGUUUCAAAAAUUGCUAUGGCACUCGGGCUCCUGGGAGUCUACAGUUACCGGGCAGCUAUUGGAAAUGUCGUAUUUCCAUGGCAACAUGACAGCAAAGAUAUUUCAAAGGGGAUUACUGAAGCUCGUUUUGUUUAUGUCUUUGUUCUUGGCAUAAUCUUCACUGGCACUAAAGAUUUACUAAAGUCACAGGUUAUUUCUGCAGACUCCAGCGUGAAGAGUACAGGAUUAUGGGAAGUGUAUAGUGGACUGGUUCUACUAGCAGCCCUUCUAUUUAGACCUCACAAUUUACCAGUCUUGGUGUUUUGUCUGCUGAUUCAGACAAUGAUGACAAAAUAUAUCUGGAGACCUUUGAAAUUUGAUGCAGCACAGAUUACUAUCAUGCACUACUGGUUUGGCCAAGCUUUCUUCUACUUUCAGGGAAAUUCAAAUGGUAUUGCUACUGUGGAUAUUUCAGCAGGUUUUGUGGGACUAGAAAGCUAUGUGGAGAUACCAGCUAUCUUCCUUACAGCAUUUGCAACAUAUGCAGGACCUUUGCUUUGGGCCAUUCAUCUGCUCUGCUACUUGAGUUCUGAAGUUAGCAGGAAUGCAGCGGCAGUGGGUCACGGCUGUUUCUGCUACGCUCUAAUGCGUUCAGUUCCAGUUGCCAUCUACAUUGUUUUGGUAACAGGUCUGCGUUACCACCUGUUCAUAUGGAGCGUCUUCUCGCCAAAACUACUUUAUGAGGGAGUGCAUGUGUUCAUCACAGCCACUGUCUGCCUGUUCUUCACAGCCAUGGAUCAGAACCACUCUCACAAAGUGCAAGAUUGAAAAUAAGUGUGCAGUAGGCAGUUCUGCAUUGCAAUGUCCAUUAUGUAACUGGAAUGGAAUGGAAGAAGGAAAAUAAUGGCUUUAAAUUGUGCAGAAUUUGAAGAGUAACCUUGUUUAUCUUAGUCAAGAUGAGGAUUUGAAGGGCCUGUCCUGUUUAAAAACUGAGUUUGCUUUAAAAAUGUUGAAAUAAACUGUUUUUUCAUGGAUAACUUUUGUUCUACAGCUGUCAUUAUAGCACUCUCCAAAUAACAGAAUGGCAAUAUUAUAUGAUUUGAAUUUAAAAAUGUACAUCUUAAUAUAAAUACAGGCCUAGUGCCUGAUGAGCACUGAAAAAAUCUUUUGCACAUACAAUUUUUUUACCUUCCUAGACUACAGAAUCCUAAAAAUAUGCAGGACUUCUUGGUGCUGUUCACAAGAUCUUAUAUUUGUUAGCUUUGGGGGUGUUUUUUGUUUGUUUUGUUUCUAGUGUGUGCAUUGAAAUUAUUAUUGAAUUAUUGUACAAAUAUCCCAGGUAAGAGAUUUUUUUGUUUGUUUUCCAUAGGCAGCAUUCCUGUUUAAAGGCAGUGUUUUCUUUGUAAGAUGAGUGCAGUCAUUAUCUAUAAUGGAUUUCGAUCUGCACUUCAGGCACUAGAUAAGAAACACUAAUGGGCUAACAAAGUAAUGAAUCUUCUGUGGAGUCCAUUCACUGCUAACAUGUUAUGUUUCUUUUUGUUAAUAUAUAAGUGUUAAAUCACGUUGGUGGCAGCUGUGCUGAACAUUUGAUCAUGUUUUCCACACUAGGGUAGAGAGUUAUGAGCCAUGAACAGGAAAACAGUUUAAUGGGCUAAGUUACCAGCAGAAUAAAAGCUGUGUUUGCGUCACCUUCCCCCUAGUGACCUGUCUAGCCACCUCACUUGAACGUGUUAUAAUUAAUUCCUAACAAUGUUAUUUUCCUUGCUUCUGUCUAGAAGAUAUACAUUGAUGACUAUCCUGAGUAUUAGUAUUCUUUAUGUGGGGUUUUUCUGCGUCCUAUUUUUGUCCAUGUUAGCAGCCAAUAGGUUUUAAUUUAAAUGUAUUAGAGGUGUAGCAGAAGAAAAGCGUACAGGGAACUUUAACUCUUGUUAUAAGUCUGAAAAUAAAAAGCUUUUAAGCCCCAUGUAGCUGACAGCACAUUUGUUGGGAUCGCUGAUAGACUUUUCAUCUUAUGUUUCAGAUAGAGUAAAUCUCAAAAAGUGGGCCUUGCCACGUAUUGCUGUUCACCUGGAGAAGAGACUACUGGAUCUUAAUGUAACUCACUGUGACCUGUUGGAAGUUUGAAAAUUAAAUACUUUUAAUAAAUUGUUUUUCACUGUAAA